AGAGCAAAAUGACAGACAGUUACGUAUGUUAGCACGCAAGUCAUGGCUGCCAAAGCAGCCGUGUCUAUGUCAGCAAUGCCUGGUAAUCAAUAACUCCAGGUCGAACAUUCUCCUAUUUAUAAUGUUCCUUGUUGGCCCUUUUUCAGUUGAGGUAGAAUCGGGCCGUCUCUGUUUUAAUGGCGGCGAUGUAAUGAUGCAUUUCCCAUAUUGCCCCUCACCAAGUUCCAUGCUGCUAGUACAGGCUCUGGAUUCCAAGCUACGUUGCAGGUUCUUCCUACUCUUAUAUUAGGGUUUCGGGUCAAGCAGAACAAAGCCGGUUUAUUUGGCCCAGACAUUUUUCAAAACCAAUACCAUAUUGAAUAUUGUUGGAGUUCAGAUUCAAAAUCUUACAUUGGAGGGGAAAAUAUGGGUUUCUCGUCACUCUUUGUUGUGGCAAGUAUGCCAAUACUCGAAGUCCUUCUUAUCAGUUGCUUGGGAGCCUUUUUGGCAACUGGCUACUGCAACGUACUUACACCUGAUGCUCGGAGAUAUAUCAACAAGGUUGUAUUUAUUGUUUUCACCCCAUCGCUCAUGUUUGCCAGUCUAGUCAAAUCGGUUACAUUGGAAGACAUAGUUUCCUGGUGGUUCAUGCCGGUGAACAUUGGGUUGUCCGUCUUCUUUGGAGCAGUCCUUGGAUGGAUUGCUGUAAAGAUAACAAAACCCGAGCGCUAUCUAGAAGGCCUUAUUGUCGCAAGCUGUUCAUCAGGAAAUCUGGGUAAUCUAAUGAUCAUAAUCAUCCCUGCAAUUUGUAACGAAGAUGGCAGUCCUUUUGGGGAGCAAAGUGUUUGCAGUGUUCGUGGAAUAUCCUAUGCAUCCUUUUCCAUGGCGCUUGGAGGCUUUUACAUCUGGACAUAUGGAUACAAUCUCAUAAGGACAUCAAGUUUAUUGUACAAAGAAAGUCAAUCAGACGAAACCUACUCAAAGAUACCUCACAUGGAUUUAGAUGCAGGAAGAGAAAUCCACCUUUUGACAGAUCCAGAAGCCCAAAGUGAAUCAGGCUCUGGACAAAGAGAGGCAUCUCCUGGGUUCCACAUUGCACCAAUUGUGUCAACACCCUCAAAAGCUAAUGAGGGGGAGAUUGUACCACACUCGUCUAGUGGAAAGCUCAGUGGCGAGGGUUUCUGGAAAAAAUUAAGGGGGUCAUUUCACACGAUUGUUAAGGAGUUGACAGCACCUCCAACUAUUGGUUCAUUUAUAGGGUUUGCCGUCGGUGCAACACCCCAGUUGAAAUCUCUAGUAGUUGGAUCAAAUCCCCCCCUCAAAGUGAUACAGGAUGUUGUUACAUUGCUGGGGAAUGGGACCAUACCUUGCAUCACUCUUAUACUCGGAGGAAACCUUACUGAAGGUAUGCGCAAAUCAAAAAUAAAGUACAGUGCUGUUUUCUCUGUUAUCUGCGUGCGCUAUGUGAUUCUUCCCAUAAUUGGGAUUGGCAUCGUCAAGUUAGCUGGCGAGCUUGGUUUGUUGUCACCCGACCCGUUGUACCGAUAUGUGUUGAUGAUACAAUUCACGAUUCCACCUGCCAUGAAUCUCGGCACAAUGGCACAGUUUUUCAAUGUAGCGGAACAAGAAUGCUCCGUAAUCUUCCUUUGGACCUAUGCUGUCGCGGCCAUUUCCCUGACAGUCUGGUCGACCAUCUAUUUGUGGAUCCUCUCAUGAAGCUUCUGGUUUCUAAUGGUAUAAUUUUUCAGGGAUUUAGUUUUUACACACACUUUUCUAGUAAUCACAGAUUUCCUGAUCUCUCUCAGCCUCUUGGUUGUUGUGAAAUGUAAGGAUGGCUGCAGUUAACAUUAAAGUGGGUGUAAACACCAAUCCCCAUUUUCAUUGUUUAAAAUUAUUAGAAAGGAAAGGAUAAUAUGCUCAUUGGACAUUUAUUUUUAGUG